UGAUCGCCUUGCUAAGAAAUUCCUCAAGCACAUUGAUUGAAACAUGACCGCUCUUGCUUUGACUCCCAAUACCCGACUGCAAGAAGCCAUCCGCAGCAACGAUUUGGCAGCCGUGCAACUUGAGCUCCAAAACGGAUUCGACCAUGCUGCCACAAUUCUCGCCGUGAGAUUACAACGCAGUGCGAUCGCCCAGUACUUGGUCAAGGCUGGGGUAGACCCCAUGCCCGGCCUGAUUGCCGCGGUGAGCACAAAUGACAAGCAAAUGCUGGAAGUGCUGCUGGCCGCUGGUGCCAACCCCAAUCCGACCGAGACCGGCCAAUCGCGCGCAGUCCUCGAAGUCGGGCUCAUCCAUGCCCACGUAGCUCUCGAAUGCGUUCAACUACUGCUGGCUGCCGGUGCAAAUCCAAACCACUGGUCUGCCAUGCGACGCCCGCCGUUGGCCAUCUCGACUGGUCCUGACAUGGUGGACAUUACCCGAGCCAUGCUCGCAGCUGGAGCAGAUCCGAAUCGCACGGGAUCCAAUGGGUGGUCUGCUUUAAUGCACGCUGCACAGAGCGGCAAUGUAGCGCAGGCCGGGGUAUUGCUGGAUGCAGGAGCCGACCCGCACAUUCGCGCUGACGACGGCUCCAGUUGUCUACACAUUGCCGUUCAGAGCGGACAUGUCGGCAUGGUGCGCUUUCUCUUGUCCCGGCAAGCGGCAGCUGUCGACGCACAAGCAUUCGCGCUGCGCCGUGUGAUUGACGCAGACGACGCGAUAACUUUGGGCAACCUGCUUCGGGCUGGAGCCGACCCUUCCACUCGAUUUGGCCGGCAAGAGACGCUGCUCGGUCGGGCAGCCAUGGCAGGCGCCACGAAAGUCGUUGAGCUGCUGCUCAAGCAUCCAAGUCAGGACCUGGCAGACACGAAGAGCAUGCUCGGUCGCACGGCGUUAAUGUUUGCAGCCAACACGGACUUGACGUGGCUGCUGCUCCAAGCGGGCGCCAGCGUUCAUACGGCUGACGCGCGUGGGUGGACUGCGCUGGCGUACGCGGCAGCCUCGAAUGACAGUGAGCGCAUUUCCAUGCUCAUCGAGGCCGGCGCUGAGGUGAAUUCGGCCGCGUUGGAUGGCAAAACAGCUUUGAUGAUUGCUGCCAGUCGCGGUUUUGCAGCUGCAGUGUCCACACUGUGUCAUGUUGGAGCGCGCGUUGAUUUGUGUGACAAUUCGGGUGAUACGGCGUUGCUUGCUGCCACUUCUAACAGGCCAGGUGCGACUGUCGCCGUGUUAGUCCAGUUGCUCAUUGAUGCAGGGGCAAACAUUCAUGCUGUUGCCGCAGACGGUGCGACUGCAUUGAUCCGACAAGCCAUUCGACGAGACAAUGAAUCGAUUCAAGUGCUCUUGAAAGCCGGUGCAGCAGCCACCCAUGCUGAUCGCACAGGCCGGACGGCGCUCGAAUACUGGCCGAGCUGUCCUUCGCUCAAGUUCCUGACAGCGCCGGUUAAACCAGCUCUGGCGUCGAGCCUGUGA